AUGUCGAGUCCCCACACUCUUCACUCGUCGGCGGGGCACGCGCAUCCGUUGGAGCUAAACACCUCGGACCCUUAUCUCUCGGCGCCUUCCGAUCCUGAAGAGUCCGAAUUUCAGGCCUGCGCAAUCCGUCUGACUCCAGUCGGUGGCAGUCCAGGCCACAGUGUCUCGUCUCCACAUGAUGGCGCUGCCUCGGUCUCGGGUCAUUCUGCCCAGACCCAGGGCCAAGAUUAUCUGUCCCCACAGAAUAACCACUAUAUCGAUCCCAGCGCCUCUCUCUCUCCCAACAAUGGCGGGUUUCUCGCUCCGUCGGAUAUUGAUCUUGCCAGUGGCAUUGGGACAUGGUCGAAUGGAGCUCCCGCUUCCUUUGGUGCGGAUGUAUCACCAACAUCGACUCAGCAACAUCAGCCUUGGGCUCCGAUCAUGGGCAUUGACACCUCCUCACAGUAUCUCAAUCCAGGAAUUACCAUUCCGAGUCCAGCUUCUGCGACAAAAUACUCCUCAGCCCAGAACAACGACUUGAAUUUGACGUCUGGGUCUUUUGUGAGCCCAACACAACCAGGCCUCGGCAUCUCGAACCAACACUACACACAGCCACAACUCUCCGUUUCCUCCGAGCAGGCUCCAAGGCAAAAUAGCGCAGCACCCGCCGUCGGCAGAGGUCGGAGUCCAACUGUCACCGUGGAAUAUAUUCCGCGUGGUGAUUCGCCAACUCAAGAACCUAGUAGACACGAGCGACGUGCGAGCCGGUCGUCUGCUCACCUCUCCGUGAAUGGACUUGGAGACCAGUCGAGUGAAGAGGGAUACGAGGAUGAUCAACAGUCCAUCUCACACACUCCUAUUGAGCGAACAAACGGUGGCCAUUGGCACGGUCUUGAUCCCUCGUCGCGCGGAAAUGACUUUGUUCUAAGCCCGAAUGAUCUCAAAGGCGAACGAGAACGCGAGCAGAAGAUCGAAGACAUCAGCCGCUGGUCAGAGCGUGUGGGCAGUGAAGCUGGCGAUGACCCUACUCUCCCUUCAUCUCGAAAGAUGGUACCGAAUAACCGACUUCGCGCAAGGAGCACGGGAGACCGCCCUCUUCAACAAGAAGACUAUUUCAACCUGAAGUUCGGCCCCACUGGUCAGGCUAUCCCUCCGCCUCGUCUCAUGCUACGUGAGAGUAGCGAGGAUGAAUAUAGCGAGACGUCUGAAAGCACAGCCGAUGCAGAAGAACCGGGUCGAUAUGACCGAUCAACACCGGAGGUUUACUCCUCGCUGGAGCAGAAAUCGCCGGUGGAAGGCGAAUCCCGUCUUUAUCCCUGGAAUGACUAUCCGCAAGGCCCAAUUCGAACAGAAGUCAUGCAGCCCUACAGUUCCACAGCAGCCAUGGUCGCUUUUGAAAAACGCGCGAGAGAUGUGGAAACGGCCUCUCUCACUGCGACGAUCGAUAAUAACAGCAUCAUUAACUUUGGUGCGAAUUUUGAACGAAUGAGUAUUUAUGAUAAUGCAGCACCGAAGAAGACAGAGAAGCGCGGCAAUACAUUCUUCAAGCGCUCUUACCAACAGGCAUCCAAUAUGCUGAAGCGUCAGGCUUCGGAUCUUUCACUGGCCACGGUCAACUCUCACUCUCACCAUCCAAGCCCGGAGCCAACGCAGCGCAAGGACAGUGGCUCUCAUAGACACCGAUUGAGUCUGUCCACAAAACACUCACGGUCUCCAAGUUUGAGUAACGCUCUCUUGUCCAUGUCAGGCCAGCUGGCUGCGGUCGGCGGCAGUCACUCUGUUCAGGCCGUAUCUCCCAAUGCUGAGCCAAGUGCUGGUAGAAACAGUCUCCAGGGUCGCAAUAGUCUCCAAGGCCGGAGCAGUCUCCAGAUAAAAGCUCGCGGACGAAGUAGGAGCGAAGUUCCCAGAGCCCCGACACCGGGACUCAUUGACUUGAUGACCAGUCAUGGUGGGCCGCCCGUUGCUAGUAUUACCCGAUACCAACAGCAAGAACCCAGCGCAGUGCCAACACCAAGAAGUGCAGCAGCACUGGAGCGCGAAAUGGCUGGUGGCGACGAUGAAGACGACAAUGAUUUGGCCGAAGAUAAGGGCUUGGUGAUGCAUUUCCCGCCCAUAACGCGUCUGCCGGUGCCAACGUUCGAAGGGUUCAAGGCGCAGAUCAUGCAAUUAAGCCCUGGCUUAGCACCUGCUCUGAUCCAUCGAUUCGCACAUGCACAGGUUCAGCGGUACAAAACCCUUGUCGAGCUUCAGCAGAAACAUUCCGCAGCUGUCGCCAAUCGAAACUGCAAAUCUGGCAAAUUCUGCAGCGCACUUGGGGGUCAGCCGGUGCUGUUGCAGCAGAAAUCGCUUGCCGACGCCGAAGCUGGACAGACUCAAUUCCGCAUCACGGAUUAUAGUCAGGGUGGCGAUCAGCAACACGCAGCAGGUGAAGGAGCUAUCGCCGCAGCGCAAUUUCCCCCAGGUGUUCCUCUACCGCCUGUUGCUAGACUGCCAGCUCAGUUUGAGUGCCCGAUUUGCUUCCAAGUAAAAAAGUUCCAGAAACCCUCUGAUUGGACGAAGCAUGUCCACGAGGAUGUGCAACCCUUCACGUGCAGCUUUCCUGAAUGCGCGGAGCCCAAGUCUUUCAAGCGGAAAGCAGAUUGGGUUCGACAUGAGAGUGAGCGACACCGGCAGCUUGAGUGGUGGACUUGUUCGCACCACGACUGCACUCACAUCUGCUACCGCAAAAACAACUUUGUCCAGCACUUGGUUCGCGAGCACAAGAUGCCCGAACCUCGGGCGAAGAAGACAAAGGGAUCGACGACGGCGGAAGGAUCUGCAUCUACGCAGCGGGAACAAGAGUUCUGGCAGAUAGUCGCUGAUUGCAGGAAUGAGCUCGAGCAGACUCCAAGCAAGGAGCCCUGUCGCUUCUGUGGGAACGUUUGUAGCUCCUGGAAGAAGCUAACGGUCCACCUGGGGAAGCACAUGGAACAGUUAGCCAUGCCGGUUCUGGAACUAGCAAAACAAAGCUCUUCCACCCCUAGCCAAAGCCAAGUCUCGAUGGUGGGCGGGUCCGCCGAGUCUCACCACGCCUCUUCUGCCCUCGCUGCACCUGCACCUGCACCGUUCCAGAACCAUGAACACCCAGCAGAAGACCCUAGUGCAUCGGUACAGCUAGCUCGGCAACAAUAUCCCACUAACGAUGUCGGCGGCCCAGCCAGCCACGCCUUCUUCAACUACUCCGACAUGCCCAUGGCCAAUUAUCCGUCCAUCUCGGGCACCCAGCUAUCGAUGGAACCGGAAUCGAUCGACCUACCCGGCGAUCAGUUCCCCAGCUACGGCAUGGGGCAAUACCAUGACCAAGCCACGCUCCACCCACCAGCCCAGACCCACCCCCUGCAUCAACAAUCGUCUUCCUCGUCAACGUAUCCACCGCCCUUCAACGCGGUUCCACGCGCCCGAACACCCGAGACGAACCCUUCCCUGCUCCAGGGCUCCUAUUCGCUGAGCUCGCAGCUCCCGCCUCAACCUCAACCGCCAGCCUCGUUGUACUCCGCUCCGAGCCAAGCUGGGCCAGGGUAUCCGGCAUACCAACCUGUGGCGCCGAAUGCUAACGGCUCGUAUACAUCCGCGUAUACGACGAGUUAUUCGUCUCAGAUGUGA